ACGUGCUGCUCGGGCCCGCGCGCAGUGGCUGUCGCCGCCUCGUAUUGAAUUUCAGCGCGGAGGUUCUCGGGUUUCUCCCUCCCCAGGAGAUCAGGUGGAAAGCGCUCGGUCCGUCCUCCUCUCCUCCUCCUGCCCGCGUUUUCCUCCGCACUUUGACUGGAAGUUUUCCCCGGCAGAGCCGCUCCUCCGUCCGCGGUGCGCCCGCAGAGCCGGAGCCAUGACGCGGCUUUAGGAGACAUUAGAAACGGGAAGGAAUAACGCUUUCAGAGAUACAGAGGAACCAGAAUCACUUCCAAGGGAGCCUGGGUGCAACUGUGGAACCUCCUCCUUGAGAGCUUUUCUCCUCUGGAUGUUAUGGCUGAAAUGCUGAAUCCGCCAGGCCUGCUGACUAUGCCCCGGAGCCCCACCUCCAGUGAGGAUGAGAUGGCCCAGAGCUUUUCCGACUAUUCAGAUGACUGUGCCUCUGACAGCUCCCAUGAAGAAACCAUCUACGAGACCAUAAGGGCAACCGCAGAGACACCGCAGAACCACAUGGACGACAUUCACACAAACUCGCUGGUCAUCCGAGUCCUCAUCCCCGACCUGCAGCAGACGAAAUGCAUGCGGUUCAACCCAGAUGCAACUGUCUGGGUUGCCAAGCAGCGGAUCCUGUGUACGCUUAAUCAGACCCUGAAAGAUGUGCUCAACUAUGGGCUGUUCCAGCCGACGAGCAACGGCAGGGAUGGCAAGUUCCUGGAUGAGGAGCGCAUCCUUCGAGAGUAUCCUCAGCCAAUAAGCAAGGGUGUCCCCUGUUUGGAGUUCCGCUACAAGAGUCGAGUCUACAGGCAACCCAAUGUUGAUGAGAAACAGAUCGCCAAACUGCAUACAAAGGCCAAUCUGAGGAAGUUCAUUGAACUCAUUCAGCAUAAUCAGGUGGACAAAGUAGCCAAGAUGUUGGAGAGAGGCUUGGAUCCCAACUACCAUGACAGUGAUACUGGUGAGAGUCCACUGACGUUCGCAGCUCACCUGGAUAACGUGGUGGAGACGAUAAAGGUGCUGAAGAACGGAGGAGCUCAUCUAGACUUCAGGGCCAAAGAUGGAAUGACUGCCCUCCACAAAGCUGCAAGGUCCAAGAACCAGGUUUCACUCAUGACCCUGCUGGAGCUGGGAGCCUCUCCAGACUACAAGGACAGUCGUGGUCUGACUCCUCUGUACCACAGCGUGGUGGUUGGAGGAGACCCGGGCUGUUGCGAGCUCCUGCUGAACCACCACGCCUCCGUCUGCUGCCAGGACGAGAACGGCUGGCAUGAAGUCCACCAGGCAUGCCGUCACGGGCACGUGCAGCAUCUGGAACAUCUGCUGUUCUACGGAGCUGACAUGAGCGCCCAGAAUGCCUCGGGAAACACCGCUCUACACAUCUGUGCCCUUUAUAACCAGGAUAACUGUGCCAGAGUGCUGCUUGUUCGUGGAGCUGACAAAGAAGUGAAGAACUACAACAGCCAGAGUCCAUUUCAGGUGGCCAUUAUCGCUGGGAACUUUGAGCUUGCUGAGCUCAUCAAGAACCAUAAAGUUUCUGAUAUAGUGCCUUUCCGUGAGGCUCCAGCCUACUCCAAACGCAGGCGGGGUCCAUCCUCUGGCAGCGGAAACGGCCAGUCCUCGUUGUCAGCGCCACGCGUCCUCCUGCGCUCCAACAGUGACAACAACUUAAACGUCACCCAGUACCAGCAGCAGCACGGUUCUCCAGGCAGCUGGGGCGCCCAUCUGCAGCAACAACACGCUCAGCCCCACGCACACAGGGCCCCCCUGCAGGGUCAUCCGCAGCCUGGCUCCUCGGCAUUACAUCGCAGCCUGUCACCCCAGCUGGUCCAGCAGAUGCCCAGCGGCAGCCCCAAUGGCACCGUCGUGGUCCGGACCAUGGGGAGGGGGGCAAGGAGCCGGUCGCCCUCCCUCAGCCGGCUGGGGGAGGAAGCCAGACGGGCUCAGCCUUCACAGCGUCAGCCCAGCCCCAGCAGUCAUGGCGAGCCGGUGGGGCCCAGAAGGAAGCUGUACAGCGCCGUUCCAGGGAGACUGUUUGUGGUGGUUCGUUCUUACACCGCCCAGGCAGAGGGAGAGAUCAACCUCUACAAAGGAGACAGGGUCAAAGUUCUGAGCAUUGGAGAAGGGGGAUUCUGGGAGGGCAGCGCCCGUGGCCAGGUGGGCUGGUUUCCAGCCGACUGUGUGGAGGAGAUCCCAGCCAAGGCCACCGAGGAGAGGAGCUAUUCCCGAGCGGACCGCGCUGACAGACGGAAGCUCUUCAGACACUACACCGUGGGCUCCUACGACAGCUUCGAUGCCUCCAGUGACUGCGUGGUGGACGAGAAGACGGUGGUGCUCCAGAAGAAGGAGAAUGAGGGAUUCGGCUUCGUCCUGCGGGGGGCUAAAGCGGAUACGCCCAUUGAGGAGUUUACUCCCACGCCGGCCUUCCCCGCCCUGCAGUACCUGGAGUCGGUGGACGAGGGGGGAGUGGCAUGGCAAGCGGGGCUCAGGACGGGGGACUUCCUCAUCGAGGUGAACCAGGAGAAUGUGGUGAAGGUGGGCCACAGACAGGUGGUCAACAUGAUCCGCCAGGGAGGCAACCGGCUCCUGAUCAAGGUGGUGACAGUGAGUCGGAAUCUGGACCCUGACGACACGGCGCGCAAAAAAGCUCCUCCACCCCCUAAGAGAGCCCCCACCACGGCCCUGUCCAUGCGCUCCAAGUCCAUGACCUCUGAGCUGGAGGAACUCGUGGAUAAAGCCACUCUAAGGAAAAAGAAAGGUGAUAAAGUUGAUGAGAUGACGCAUGCCCAGAAGGCCUCGCCUGUGGAUACGAAGAUCGCUACGAUCAAACCUCGCCCAUCCAGUCGCUGCUUGGUGACGCCCACGGAUAUGAAUUCCAUGUAUCACGACCGCCAGGGAGUAGCAGUGGUGCCGCCCACUGUGCCGGGAGCCUUCUUGGGGUUACCUGAAAAAGGCACCAUAAAGAAGCAGAAGUCUAUAGGUACAGAGGAUGAGAAACAGGGAUUCCUCACACCUCCCCUGCUCAAGUUCUCCCGCAGCCUCUCGAUGCCUGACACCUCAGAGGACAUCCCUCCUCCCCCAGCCAUCUCACCCCCUUCACCACCUGCCUACAACUCAGCUGCUGGCCCAACAUCCAAGAGCUAUGGUACCACACGGCCAGGCUUCACCCAGAACUCUCCUAAUGCAGUGACCACCAUUAGCCAAACUAGAGACGUUGGAACAUUAAGACGCGGCUAUUUCCGCCAGAGCUCGGAACAGUUUGAGAGCACACGCACCCGAGGGCGCACGCCAGUGCCCGAGAACCCUUACUCUGAGGUGGGCAAUAAGACGCUCUAUGUACCGGCAAAACCGGCUAGAAGGAAGGGAAUGCUGGUAAAGCAGCCAAAUGUGGAGGACAGUCCCGAGAAGUCAUGUCACAUGCCAUCAAGCCCUUCAGGCCCAGUUUCUAUGCCUACUACGCCUGUAGAACGGACAUGCUCCUCCAUUCCCAUACCCACCAUCAUCGUUAAGGAGCCUUCCACCAGCAGCAGUGGCAAAAGCAGCCAGGGUAGCAGUAUGGAGAUUGAACCCACCACCCCUGAGCAUCCACCUCUCACACCCACCGUUGGUGGGAGUGGAGGUUUGCGUCCAGAGGACCCCCUCUCUCUUAGCAACCCCUUUGCAGCAGCUAUUGCUGGGGCAGUCCGGGACCGCGAGAAGAGGCUAGAGGCCAAAAAGAACUCGAUUGCCUUCCAGUCAAUAGACAUUGGGGAUGAUGAAUUGAGCGGUCCCACCCCAACCCCUCGUCUUCGACAGUCUAAGUCCAUUGAUGAAGGCAUGUUUAGUAGUGAUGAACGUCUUCGAAGGAUACUGGCCCCACCUUCGGCAGUACAGCUCGGACCCCCAGUUGGUGGCGGUAGUGGCAAUAUGACAGAUUUCAACACUCCCGAGCCGACAGUGGUUCGGGAGCCUCUAAACACCAGAACAGGCCAGUGUCCUAAUCUGGACAGUCCUGUUAGUCUCCCAGCAACUCCUCCUAAGAGCCACUACAAGGCCAAUGGGACCUACCUCCAUCCUGUCACUGGCAAACCCUUGGACCCUAACUCUCCUCUUGCCUUGGCACUGGCUGCACGUGACCGGGCCAUGAAGGAGCAACAGAACCAUCCUCAGAGUCAAACAAAUCCUUCUCAGGUUCAGCAAACUCUGAAACACGAAGCCCAGUCCCUUCCCCUUCAGCAGAGCCACAAACCAGACCUCAACCAGCCGCUGUUCAUUGACACCAAACUACGUUCUGGUAUUGAGACGAGUUUCGCUGCAAUCUCCUCAGCGACCAUGGGGCGGCCAGGCCGAGGUGGCCUUCGGAGGCAGAUGACCGAGCAGAAGUAUGAGUCUGAUGGUGCGCGGGAAGAGCGCCAGCAUCAAGCAGUCGAAGAGAGGAAAAGCGCCCCAGUAGACGUGGUCAACACGUCACAUCCAAAGUCAGCUGGGCUCCUGAUGGUCCAUACAAGCACAGAAGCAACAGGCAACAAGGCAAACAGCCAGGAGGUGGAAGUGCAAGACAGCAACCGACCUUCUGAACUAAAGGACCCCAAUCAACCUGACCCUCCCAAUGCUUCGACCCUGUCCUCCAAUCUUCAGUCAGCUGCAUUACGGAAGAGGAGUGUUCCUCUGGGCGAAUCCUUGGAUGAACCAGUAAAACUGUCCUUCCGCAUCCCCCCUCCCCCUCUGGCUUCAGUCGACAUCGAUGAGGAAUUUGAGUUCUCAGAGCCCCUUCCCCCACCGCUGGAGUUUGCAAACAGCAUUGAUAUUCCUGAUGAUCAGGCCAGUGCCUAUGCAGAGAUGAUCCAGCAACAGAGACGGAACGGAGGACCUCCUCUACCCCCCUACCACCCACAUGCCCCACCUCCGGUCACCGAUCUGCACAAACGGGUGGCAAACAAUAUGCCUCCCUCAUAUCCUCCCGCUCCACCUGACCCAGAGUCUGGAGUGGGUGACUCGGGCAUCGAAGAGGUAGACAGCCGCAGCAGUGGGGAUCCUCAGCACAUGGAGACCACCAGCACCGUUUCCAGCAUCUCCACCCUGUCGUCAGAGGGGGGCUUCUGCGACAGUGCUCUGGAGAGCCUCUACGCCACCGCAGACGGGCACGCCUUCCUGGUGGACCGUCCGCCUGUUCCACCCAAACCCAAAGGCAAAUCUGUUAUCAACAGAACAUCACUUUAUCGCGACGCCCUCAUCGAAGAGCCCCCAGAGUCCUAUGGGUCGCCCCCCCAGGCCCCUCCCCCUCCCCCCUCAUCUUCUGAACCUCCAAGGACUCCUUCUCAAAGAACAUCCAAACUAUGGGGCGAUCAGCCCCCCGAUCUACGCAGCCCCCCAUCCACACCAGACACGAAGAACACCGUGAUCACUGAGCUGAGCUCCAUCCUGCAGCACAUGAAUCGUGACCGACCAUCCAAGCCAGGAGAGAGCCUUGACUCCCCCACAGGGACCAGGGGGGGCUUCGGAACCAGGGCUCCCACAGAUGACUCAGGAAUGCGUAACAAUGCUGCAGCCGCCACUGCCCUCACCUCCACUCCCCCCAGCAGCCUCCCAUCCCACACCCACCCCUGCAGCCCACCAGACUCCACCUCCUCCCUCACUCCCUGCUCCUCACUGCCCCCAUCUGUGUCACCUACCCUCACGGAUGUCUUCGGCCUGCCCACCCCGCCCAUGGGCAGCGGCGGCGGCUACAGCCUGAGCUCGUCGUGCGGGGGCAGCGGCAGCUCGCGCUCCCCAUCCCCGCUCACACUGAUGCAGGCAGUGGCAGCCUCGGGGAAGCCCUUUGUCUCCAAGCCCAUGGAGCUGUGGAGCAAGCACGAUGUGGCGGACUGGCUGGAGAGCCUGAACCUGGGGGAGCACAAGGACGCCUUCCUGGACAAUGAGAUCGAGGGCGCCCACCUUCCAUCGCUGCAGAAGGAGGACCUGAUAGACCUCGGCGUGACCAGAGUAGGCCACCGCAUGAACAUCGAGAGGGCCCUCAAGCUGCUGCAGGACAGAUAAGGCCCGAGGAGGCCGGGGGGAUGGCGUGGAUCAGGGCUGAAGAGAGGGGGGCGUUAUGAUCACUUUUACCGAUCUCUUCAUCGGACAUAAUCUCAAGUCGUGGGUAGAAGUUUUGUCCAAGCUGACGCUGCCUCUUGCUGUUUUUGUCCUCUCUCAUCCUCCGCUGUCGCCCUCAUCUCAGCGCUCCGGUUUGUCCGCCCUCGUCCUCCUUCCCUCCAUCCUGAGGGGAUGUGUGGAGGAGCUGCAGAAGGGAAAUGCUGCUAUGUCCGAUCAGAGGAGGACAGGACCGUGGACUGUCCAGAAGACUCUGGAACUAACUCGUCUGGAGGUUUUUCGAGCUCUCCCAUCUGCUUUGGAAUACUGAAGACUUUUUCCCUGCACCCGGAGUGGGUGCAUGAAAACCAGCUGAGCUGGUCGUUGCUCCUUUUCUAUCUUUGCUAGAGUUUGUUCAGAGAAUAUUUCUUCACUAGAGUCCUACCGGAGUUAUAUUUCUGGGUGCAUCUGAGGUUGUAGAGAAAAAAAGACUCCUUUUUUUUUGUUUUUUGUUUUUUUUUUUUUUCCUUUGGCUUUUCACCUGUUUGUGUCUGAAUCAGAGCAUCAGCUGACGUGUUGAAACUAAAGCUAAACCAUAUCCUGUGUCCACGCACACACGGUUUCUGCACAGUGCCACACGAUUUGUGAUCACACACUUUCUUCACACACACACAUACUGUUGGCCUUCGUCUCCUGAGAAAGAGCUAAAUGAACGGAGAGGUGGUCAUCAGAGCUACCGAUCGACACCCGUCCAGGUCGGGGUGUGAGGAAAACCGAGAGGACACAAGGUGCGAGAUGGACAUCGGACCGGAAAAAUUGAAGCGUCCUCCUUUCAGUUCUGGUUGACCCAAAAAUCACCUCAACCUGUUCACAGCUUAGACAAAGUUACUUCUCUGCUUCUGUCAAACUUUCCACCUCACAAUAAGCAGGUCAGCACAUGCAGAUGGUGAUAAAGUUUAGAGGCAGUGUGACGGGAUGCGUUUAGAGGAAACAUUUUGGGAAACACAGAUUUGCUUUCUUGCUUCGUGCAACGUGAAACUUCCAUCUUCUUCUUCUGCAGCUGUUUGAUAUGAACCAAAACAUCCAGUUUUAUCUUCCUUAAUCCUCCAACUCUCCAUCUAAGCCGACCACAAUCUCUCCAUCCUUACAGAACUCCAUUUACCAUAAGCCCUCACAGAAAAACUAAAACUCAGGACCACAUUUCAUGGUUUCACAAACACUGACGAGCGUGUUCAUUUCAUCCUCAGGUCACAUUCUCAUCCUUCAUAACUGUCCGAUUCCCUCCUGUAAGGCAAGGCAGGUUCAUUUCUACAACUCAUUACAUGUACAAGUCAAAGUUCUUUAGAUAAAACACUAAAAGCAUCCAAUAGAAACAGAACAAGCUGAAAUAGAGAAACAGACAGCAGAAUACGUUCUGUGAGUUACAUAUUAUACAGACAUGAAGGGGAAGCAGAGUUCCCAGUGAAGUUGAACUCAUUCGCACAUUGUUUUCUUUCUGGUGACUACCUGUUUUUAUAAUCCUGUCAUCUUCUGACACACUCAGACGAGGUGAAACUCACAUCUGUGCUGUGACUUCAGAUACAAAACAUGUCUCAAACAUCUCCCAAAGGUUGCAACAUUUAUCACUUGACACAUAAAGAUUAGUUCAAUCUGGCAACAAAAACCACAGAUUCUUUCAUUUCUGUGUGUGAAGCUGGUGUCUGAAGACGGUUAGCCAAGCUUAGGUGGGUAUGGACAGUUGUUAAUGGACAGUGGCUGUGAGUGGACAAAAUUCUUCUGUGAGUGGCCUCAGGUGUGUACAAGUGUACCGUCGUCUUCUAUGGUCCUUUUAAGGUGUUACUUGUCCCAAACGGAGCUCCAGCUCCUGUCGAGAAAAGCUGCAGUUUUAAAGCUUUGCACAGAGUUGUUUGUCCAUUCAGGGACACCGUAGUAAAAAUGGUGGCAGCUGCU